AUGGUUGCUCAUAGCUCUACCCCGAUCAUCUCAUCCUUCUCCUUCCUCGCGAUCAUCGCUUCUCUUCUCACAGUCGCGGUCUUGCCUGCAACAGCCUCAGCUGUGCCACUCUCCACCAGCUCACGGUGGAUCGUCGACGAGAGCGGGCAGCGCGUGAAGCUGGCCUGCGUGAACUGGGUGUCGCAUCUCGAACCCGUAGUCGCCGAAGGCCUGAGCAAGCAGCCGGUGGACGCCAUCUCCAAACGCAUCGCGUCGUUGGGCUUCAACUGCGUCAGGCUGACGUGGCCAACCUUCUUGGCCACCAAUGAUACGCUGGCAUCUGUCACUGUUCGACAGUCGUUUCAGAGCCUCGGCCUCAGCGAAUCCAUUGCUGGUCUCCAGUCCAACAAUCCCUCCAUCAUCGAUCUCACCCUCAUACAAGCUUACCAGGCGGUGGUAUCUAGCCUUGGGAAGAACAAUGUGAUGGUUAUACUGGACAAUCAAGUAAGCAAGCCUGGUUGGUGCUGCAGCAGCUCUGAUGGCAAUGGUUUCUUUGGCGACCAGUACUUCAAUCCUGACAUUUGGAUCAAGGGCCUUACUCGGAUGGCCACAUUGUUCAAAGGCGUGGCCAAUGUGGUGGGCAUGAGCUUGAGGAACGAGCUGAGAGGCCCCAAACAGAAUGUUGACGAUUGGUACAAGUACAUGCAAAGAGGAGCUGAGGCAGUGCACUCAGCAAACCCAGAUGUGCUUGUGAUUCUCUCUGGCCUGAGUUAUGACAAAGACUUAUCUUUCCUUGCCGACCGGCCAGUGAGCCUCACAUUUUCUGGGAAAACAGUAUAUGAGGUGCAUUGGUAUGGGUUUUCAGAUGGGCAGGCAUGGAAGAGUGGCAACCCUAACCAAGUGUGUGGGUCAGUUGUAAAUAACAUGAAGAGACAAUCAGGGUUUUUGCUGGAAAAAGGGUUCCCAUUGUUUGUGAGCGAAUUUGGGGUGGACCAGAGGGGCACCAAUGUGAAUGAUAAUAGGUACCUAAACUGCUUCAUGGCUACUGCAGCUGAACUUGAUGUGGAUUUUGCUCUCUGGACUUUGGAUGGGAGUUAUUAUUUGAAGGAUGGGGUCCUCGGAAUGAAUGAGUAUUAUGGAGUCUUGAACUGGGAUUGGAGUGAUGUCAGGAAUUCAAGCUUAUCUCAGAGACUCUCUGUUCUUCAAUCUCCUUUCCAAGGUCCAGGCUUAUCUCAAUCCAGGCUGCAUAAAAUUAUUUUCCAUCCAGCUACGGGCCUCUGCCUCCUAAAAGUUGGAUGGCUUGGGCCAUUGAAGUUAGGUUCAUGCUCUCAAUCUGGAGCCUGGAGCUAUUCAUCCAAGAAGAUCCUAACUCUUAAAGGAACGUAUUUCUGCAUACAAGUUGAUGAACUGGAGAAGCCAGCACAAGUUGGGAUUAUUUGCACGACCCGUAAUUCACAAUGGGAUACCAUUUCAGAUUCUGGGUUGCAUCUUUCAUCUAAGACAUUGAAUGGUACUGAUGUUUGCCUAGAUGUAGACUCCAGCAACACCAUUGUCACAAGUUCCUGCAAAUGCUUAGGCAGAGAUAGUUCGUGCGAUCCCGAAAGCCAGUGGUUCAAACUUGUCGAUAGCACAAUAACUUCGACGUCUUCAAGCCCCAUAUUCUAG